AUGGCACCUAGGGAUGCGGCCUCGGGCAGCAAGCGCAAGCUGAAUGACAAGAGCAAGGACAAGUCGUUCAAGAAGCCAAAGUUUGACAAGCGACCGCCGCCAUCCAAGGACGAGUCUGAGGAAGUGAGCGACGAGACUGGUUUCGAGGACUUUUCGGAUGACCAGGAAGAUGGAGGUGCUUCGCUAAGCAAGGGAAAGACCCAGAACGGUGGCCAGUACUCCAAUGGCAAUAAGUCAAACAAUGACGACUCUGGAAAGGUGUUUGAGAGAGGUCAAAACUCUCGCGAGUCUCACCAGAAGCAAAAGGCCCUGGCGCAGGAGCGCAAGGCCGCCAAACCCCUCGCCGACGAAUCGCACAGAGCCAAGAAGCUGUGGGAAAGGUUACGAAGAAAGUCCCAUGUGCCCAAGGAAGAGAGGGCCAAGCUUGUCGAGGAGCUCUUCACCAUUGUGACUGGCCGCAUCAAGGAGUUUGCUCUCAAGCACGAUACCGUCCGAGUUGUUCAGACUGCCAUCAAGUACUCCAAUGUCGAGCGACGAAAGAUGAUCGCCAAGGAGCUCCAGGGUACCUAUGCUCAGCUUGCCGAGAGCAAAUACGCCAAGUUCAUGAUUGGAAAGCUCCUGGUGGAAGGCGACAAGGAAAUCCGUGAUCUCAUCGUUCCCGAAUUCUACGGCAAGGUUCGCAAGAUGAUCAACCACCCCGAGGCGUCCUGGAUUCUCGACGACAUCUACCGUGGAGCUGCAUCCCCUGAGCAGAAGGCCAUUAUGCUUCGAGAAUGGUACGGCCCAGAGUUUGCCAUUUUCAGGAGUGAAGGCAGCGAUCUGACUGCCGAGCUGUCCAAGAUCAUCGCUGCAGAGCCCAGCAAGAGGAUGACUAUUGUCAGGUAUCUGCUGGACAUGACAAAUCAGCUGAUACAAAAGAAGAUGACUGGUUUCACCAUGCUACACGACGCCAUGUUGCAAUAUUUCUUGAACGUGCAACAGGGCGGAGACGAGCAAAAGGAGUACAUUGAGAUGAUCAAGGAGGACGACAAUGGUGAUUUGCUCAAGAACAUGGCCUUCACCAAGUCGGGUGCCCGCCUUACGUGUCUACUCCUUGCCCAAGGUAGCGCCAAGGACCGUAAGCAAAUCCUCAAGACAUACAAGGACACAUUCCAACUCAUGUCCACUGACCCCUGGGCGCACCUGGUCAUUCUUGCUACAUACGAUCUCAUUGACGAUACCGUCCUCACGUCAAAAUCAAUAUUCCCCGAGUUGUUGGGUAAGAAUGAUGGAAACGAAGGUGAAAACAUGCUCGUCUUGGCCAACGAUCCCCAUGGACGCUUCGUGAUCCGUUAUCUGUUUGAGGGUACAUCCAAGUCCCUGUUCGAUGCGAGCCACGCUCCCCACCUACAGAUCCUGGAGGAAAUCCACGAGAUCCGGAAGACCACGAGUAAGAAGGAUGUCGAUGUUCGUAGAAAAGAACUCAUCACUGCCAUGUCUCCUGCACUUCUUGCUGGUACCGAGUCGGCGGCAUUCGAUCUCGUCUCGACGUCUUUUGGCUGCCAACUUGUGACGGAUAUCCUCCUCUCCGGCGUCGGCGACAAGUCUGGUGCACUCCAGGCCAUUGCAAGUACUGCCGAGGGUGACCCAUUGGCAGGCGCAGAUGGUGCUGCUGGUGCCGAGGCUGAAGCAACAGAGGGUGAGGAGCAAGCACCAAUCGGUCUUCACAUUUCCAGGACAGCUCACGGUGGACGCUUGUUCAAGACGCUUAUUGCCGGCGGCCACUUUGAUAAGGCCACCCGCAAGAUCAUUCCAGUCGACCCCCCUCUGCAUUUCGCAGAUAUCCUCUACCCAAUCAUCAAGGAUCACAUUGUUGCGUGGGCAACAGGGCCCAGUUCAUUCGUGCCCGUGUCCUUGCUCGAGGCCGACGACUUUUCCCGCAAGGAUGAGCUCAAGAAGAUUUUGAAGAAGGAGAAGAAGACUCUGGAGAAGGCGGCGACGGAAGAAACGGCAGAGCAAAAAGCAUCCCGUGAAGCUGCCGAGACAAGCGGCGGCGACUCGGAUAAGGCUGCAAGCAAGAAGGCCAAGAAGGCAGCACCAAAGAAGGAGAGGUCAGUCGGAAAUGCAGGCGCAAAGAUCCUACUGGAAAAGCUCAAAUAG